UUCGUACUGCGACGUCCUCGUGUUUUCAGCCUAGUCGUCCUCAACGACUUCGUCGCCGUACUUUACAGAUAAACUAAUCCAAGCAACCUUCCGAUUCACACCAAUCGCACAUGAACCGCAUACUGGCUGACCCAGCGCUCGAAGCGCAGCCGAACUUCGAGUUCCCAGCUUACGCGGCUUGGCUCAAUGCUAUCGUUGCAGGAGGACCUACCAGAGAGGCGGCCCUGGAGCAAAUGGCAGAGAGUUGGAGGCUGGAGCGCCAAGAACGCAUUGUUCUAUGGCAGCAGCAAUCUGAAGAAGAUCUUCGAGUCCAGCAAGAGCAAGAAGAUCAAGAACGCAUUGCGAAAGAAGCCGAAGCGGCUGAAGAACAGCGAGAAGCAGAGAAGAAGAAGCCCAAGAUCAACGACUUCGAUGCCGAAGCUGUCGUGGCAGACGUUCUUAUUCCUCGCCCUUCGCAGUAUGCACUGCAGAAGAUCAAAAGCAUGGAAUAUGUCGAGCUGUGGUACUUCAGUCCAGAAGGGUGCUGGGAAGCUUUAGACAGUUGCAGGUCCACGGCGGAGGACUCCUUUGGCCUGGCAAAGGUUGAUGGGUACGUCGUGUUCAAGCCGAUGGCAUCAUUCAAGGCUUCGCAGAAAGCGCUACAAGACCAUGACCUCUCUUGGCGUCAAUUCGACAUGGCAAAAACGAGCUUCUUGAUCCAUAUCGACAAAUGCGGCUGGCCAGACAAGCACCAGCAAGCCUUAGCGCUCUUCUUCACUCUCAUUACCAACCACGAGCACCGAAUGCGAACUCGUGGCGAGAAGACUUUACUUCGUUACGCAGGGUUCGUCAGACGGGAAUGGCAUGACCGUCUGGCUCAAAACCAAGGCUUCAACAUCGGGAUUUUCAACAGCGCUCUGUACAACACCCUCUCGGAUGACGUCUGGGAAGCGGAACGUGAUGAGAGCAUCAAAUUGGUAUAUACUUCUGCAGAGUCAUCACUUCAUGACUAACAAAUUCAUGCCUUCUUUUCUUCCAUGCUCCCAUCUGCGCGUGUUCAUCACCACGCUCGCUUCCUUCUUCCAUGCUGCCGCCCAUUACGCUAUCCUUUUGGAACCUUCUUGCUUCUGGCUUCUUCGCCAUCAACAAACUUGCUUAUCAUGCUGCUCGCUCCCACCGUUAUCGCAUUCUUUCACGCACUUCGCUACCCGACUUCAUCAUCCACCAGCUGCAGAAUUCCAUUGCUGCACCAAACAUCCAUGCUCGAUCCCAUGGUCGUGAAGUGAACUCAAGCAGAGGGAAAGAACCUUCUCCUCCUACCUUGGACAAUCGCUACCACCCAUACCGCACACCCGCUGCAGGUCAGUCCAGCAGGAAGCCAUCAAACAACCAGUAGUCUUUUCCGUCGAGCACAGGCCAGUCCGGACCAGCCGCCUGUGCUCUAUGCCUUGGUCGAUUCCGCCACAACAUCCACAAAUGCAUGUCCGAGUUCCUUUGGGACAAACGAACCAAA